AUGAGUGAAAAUGCAACAGAUACCUCGAUGUCGGCACCAAUUGCGAAUGCAGACUCAAUAUUAUCUACAGAGCCCCCUUAUAGUAUAUUCGACCAUCGACAGAGGGCAUUAAUUAUUUUCAUAAUAUCCAUAGCUGCUACAUUUUCGGGCUUCGCAUCCAAUAUCUAUUUCCCAGCCCUGCCAACUAUUGCGCAUGACCUCAAUGUGUCAAUAGAACUCAUAAAUUUAACUGUUACGUCAUACCUCAUUUUCCAGGGACUCGCUCCUAGUCUCUGGGGUCCAAUAUCCGAUGUUAAGGGACGCCGGGUCGCAUAUUGUUUCACUUUCGUCGUUUUUCUUGGGGCUUGCAUAGGUCUCGCCGAAUCAAAGAACUACACCACUCUCAUAGUUCUUAGAUGUCUACAGAGUACAGGUAGCGCGAGUACUAUCGCAAUUGGUUCUGGAGUAAUUGGUGACAUUACUACACGCGAUAACCGCGGUGGGUUUAUGGGUAUCUUCCAGGCAGGAUUACUAGUACCCGUCGCCGUAGGGCCGGUAAUUGGAGGCGCAUUGGCAGGUUCUCUAGGAUGGAGAUCUAUAUUUUGGUUCCUAGCCAUCUAUAGCGGCGUAUUUUUGCUGGUUCUGAUCUUGUUGUUGCCAGAAACACUAAGGUCGAUUGUUGGGAAUGGCAGUCUGACACCUUCUAGUGUGAUCGCCAGAUAUCCGCUGAACCUGUACCAAAGGACUAGCAAAACCAAGUGGAAGCCUGUAACUUCCACAAGUCCUGAUAGCGAUACGACGAGAAAGCGGGUUGAUGUUAUAGGUCCCUUCCGCAUUCUUAUCAGCAAACAAGCCGCACCGAUCAUUAUUUUUCUUGCCUUAUAUUACGCCGUAUGGCAGAUGAGCAUUACAGCCAUGUCCAGUCUUUUCGAGGCCAAAUACGGUCUCAGUGAGAUGGAAAUCGGUCUUACAUUUAUCGCCAACGGCGUAGGCUCCAUGGUCGGCACAUUAGUCACCGGUAAAAUCCUCGACAUCGACUACCGCCGCGUCAAAACUCGGCACGAGUCUUCAGCACCCACGGACCCUGAGCAAACCAACAAUUCUCAAGAAUCAGAUUUCCCGCUAGAAAAAGCCCGUCUUCGUCUCGUUCCAAUAUUUUCCGGAUUACAAUGUAUCUCCAUCCUUCUUUUCGGCUGGACGAUUCACUAUCCGCAUAAAGUACACAUCGCCGUGCCAAUUAUAUCAACUUUUAUUACCGGCUGGACGGCAAUUUCGAAUUAUUCUGUUGUUGUGACGUAUCUAGUUGAUAUCUUUAAUGAUCGGAGCGCGGCUGCAAGUGCAAGUCUUAACCUCGCGAGGUGCUUAUUUGCCGCGGGAGGUACGAGUUUUGUUAUGCCUAUGAUUAAUGGUAUAGGAGUCGGUCCUACGUUUUCUGUUUGUGCGGCGGUACAGGCGGUAGGAAUGUUAGGCCUUGCUAUACAGUGGAAAUUUGGGGCUAAGUGGAGGAUGGAAGCUCAGGCAAAGAGACGGGUUGAUGUCGAAAGGGAAGAGUCUGAGUCUAUGUAA